CGAGCCUGGAGCUGCCACCGCAGCCGCGCAGGCCCCGCCCGCACCCCGGCCGCUCAGCCACUAGCCCUCCGCCGCGACCCCGGGCCCGGUCCCAGCUCGGCUGGUGUUCCCGCUAGAAGCUGCCCGCGCCUGCCUCCUGCCGCCGCCGCCCGGGCCUGACCUGACCGGGAAGCAGUUCCGGCGGGCCGCCGCCGCCGCCGUGACUCAUCUGCCUGCCCGCAUUCCCCGAUCGGGCCAUCUUGGUCGCGGCCGGCGCGGCAGACGGAGCCGCGGAGGAAGCCGCGGAGACCCAGGGCCCAGAACAAGUCCACCCUCCUGUGCAGCCCGCCAUGGCCUUGUGAGGGCGGCGAUCAAGGAGCCACAUCCGGAGCUGGGGAUCCCCGAGGGUCUGCACCCCUUGCCUGGUCUGGCUGUGCUCAUCUCUCGGUCCGUCUGCCCUGCCUUCUUGUUUGGGCUUCUGAGCCACGCUGGGUCUUGAACCCUACCCUUUCCUUGAUUUCUCUCUUGGUCUACCCAAUUUUAGCAUUACAGGUGCUCAGGUUCUGGGGUACCCAAACCCCCUUCUCCCGCUUCAUCCGUCUCAGCCUUAGGCCGACCUCUGGCCGCCAUGGUUCAACCCCAGACCGCAAAAGCUGAAACCCCAGCCUCUGCAGCGUCUACCAAUGCCCAAAUGGAUGACGUCAUCGACACCCUGACCUCCCUGCGCCUCACCAACUCCGCGCUGAGGCGGGAGGCCUCGACCCUGCGGGCAGAGAAGGCCAACCUCACCAACAUGCUGGAGAGCGUGAUGGCGGAGCUGACCUUGUUACGCACCCGGGCUCGGAUUCCCGGGGCGCUGCAGAUCACCCCACCCAUCUCGGCCAUUACCUCCAAUGGGACCCGGCCGAUGACGACGCCUCCCACCUCGCUGCCCGAGCCCUUUUCCGGAGACCCUGGCCAGCUGGCGGGGUUCUUGAUGCAGAUGGACAGAUUCAUGAUCUUCCAGGCCUCGCGCUUCCCCGGAGAGGCCGAGCGAGUGGCGUUCCUCGUGUCCCGGCUGACCGGGGAGGCGGAGAAGUGGGCGAUCCCCCACAUGCAACCCGACAGCCCCUUGCGAAACAACUAUCAGGGAUUCCUGGCCGAGUUGCGGAGAACCUACAAGUCUCCGCUGCGGCACGCCCGGCGCGCCCAGAUCAGAAAGACUUCGGCCUCGAAUCGAGCCGUGCGGGAACGGCAGUCGCUCUGCCGCCAGCUGGCCGCCACGGGCACGGUGCCCUGCCCUGUGCACCCAGCCUCCAAUGGGACCAGUCCAGCCCCGGCCCUGCCCACCAGAGCUCGGAACCUUUAGGAAUCGGCCACCACCCUGGUCCGUCUGCCGCCACCCAGGUAGCAUACCCCUUUUGCUGCGUAGAAAGAAGUGUCCGUACCACACAGCAUCGCCCUUGUUUGAAGACAUCCCUUCCCGCCUCUCUCGUUCCAUAAGGACAUCUGUCAUUGCUCCUGGGCGCCCUGUGCCCCACCUUGCUUCCUGGUAUCGCGUGCUAGCUUGGAACCUCCGUUGCAUGUUUUCCUUCUCUCGCUUGCAAUUCCAGCUCUUCUAGUGACCACAGCUCUGCUGCUGGGUCACGCUGACCCCGCAACACACUUUGGACCAUUGGGGCUGACCUUUCCCAGCCUGACCAGGUUCACAGACGCUUGUCUUCCACCCUCUGUGGCCCCACGGCAGCUCCCCACCUGGCUGCCCUGUUCUCAGUAGUGAGCUUGCUGAUGACAGAAAGAAGCCCUUUUGGCCAGGCGGGUGGCUUGAUGGGGGUACCUGGAGAGGAGAGCCUGGCAUCCUGCGCGUAGGUGAUUGCCAGCCCCGCCAGGGCCCAGCGUAGCAGGCAGGGGCCUCGUCUCUGCUGUCAGCGGCCAAGGAUCAGAGCUGGGAGUGGUUCCAGCGUUUCCGGGGGGCCGGCUCCACUCUGCACAUGAGUAUGCAGUCCUUGUGCCCCACUGCUGCCACUGGGAAAGACUGCUAAUGCGGCCUUAGGGGGGGCCCCCGCAAGCUGCACCCCCAUCAAUGCCUGGCUUUAGCUGCCAGUGUUCUGAUAGCGCCAGGACUGGGGGGAGUCCGGAACUCGCCUGCUAGGCAGGUCGUUGUGACUUGGGAUCACUGGGCGUUUCCAUCAGGCUUCCACAGGCAGCACAUACACGUCCGUCCCUGCCUGAGACCCCCGGCAGGCUGAGGGUGGGCUCUAGAGGCUCACUUUGCUGCCCUGGACCCCCGUGGGAAUCAGUGGUGGUGUCCCCCGUGUGGGAAUCAGCAGUCCCCCCUCCUCUUUGCCCACUGGCACUUGGUGGUGCGCUUGUCUAGCUUGAGACCUGUUCCCUUCUCCCUGCAGGGGACAUGUGGCCUUCACCUCAGCCCCUUGAGCCACACAUACGGUCUCUAGGUCUCCAAAGCCUCUGUGUAGCGUGUCCUCCCCAGGCCUGGGCUGUCCAUCAGACGUCCAGCCUUUGUCCCAGAAAACAUGGACUCAGGGCUGGAGACCCAACUCCUCUGGGAUGCGUCACUGAACCCUUAAGGAGAGAGGGUGUCUGCCUCUGCAGCCCCGGCCAAGGCCUUGCUGGCGUUUGCAAAGGAAAAGAGCUGCGGACUGCCUCGUUCCUAAUGCGGUGACGGUGCAGAGCUGGUGCCCGUGUUCUGAUUCUGAGGGACGAACCUGUGCCUCUUAGUGGUGGGUGGCCUUCACGGGGGACGCCCAGAACCACUUUCUAAAUGAGUCUUGGCCAAGCCCUUUGGACCGUGGUGCUCCCACCAUAUUUCAAUGCCAAAUGAACCGCAUUUCCAUGACCACCCGGGCGGUGGGAGAUGGGCUGUCCUACCUUGGGUUCAUCUGCCCCUGUUCUGCUGGUCCUGGCCCGACGGCCGGAGGACAGCCUCUGUGCACCCCUGCAGGCCUACAUCUUGGGACCCCCAGGGGUUGGCUCCUAGGGCCCAUCCCCUCUUCCUAAGAGUUUCCAUGAUGCAGGGGAAAGUGGCUGCGCUCCUGAAGCAACCACCGCCUACAGGGUCAAGGGUGAUCAGUGGUUGCUGGGGUUCGUGGCCCACUGCUGCCCACUCAUCAUAAACUCCGUUAGCCCAGUUGCCCUGCUGAACCACUGCCUGAACCCAGGCUUCAGGCCCCCCUGGAUUCCAGCCGAGGCUGUUCAGGCGGGACCAUGGUGCUCAUUAAGCCUGAAGCCAGGGAGGGCGCACAGUGGGCCACUCUUCUGGGGGGCGGGCCCUCCGGUGUGGGGUUGCGCAGAUCACUUGCACUUCCUGCUCUGUUCUCUUCUGCCUACCUGCCAGGUGGAGGUGCCCACAGCUGAAGGGGUACAAUGACACCCGGGGAAAAGGAGGCCUGCAGGGGUAACUGACACCUUGAAGGUUUCCACGUGGCCCAGCCCAGCCAGGGUAGGAGACCCAGCACGGGAGCAGGGCAGGAACUGCUCGCCAGCCCCUGGCUGUGCCCAAGUGGCGUUCGAAGUCCUGCUGUGUUUGCAUUCGUGCUGCAUUUCAGCUGCUGCGCAUAACCAGGCCAGAGCCGCUAGGCAAGGCUGGCCAUGCUGCCUGCCUGCACCCGUGGCCGACCCUCUGCAUAGGGGUCGCCGUGCCCAGCCUGGGCUGCUGCAGCUGCGUCUGGGUUGGUGAUUUGCUUGGGUUUUGCCGGUUGCUGCGCACGGCACGGGCUGGGGACUCUGCUGUUGGACGCCUGCGACCUUGUUGAUCGCUUCCUCGACCUUGGAAACCGGAGUAGAUGCGAGGCUUGGGGUUGGACUUGGAAGAAGCCCCACGUUAGGAGCCCCUGGUGACUCUAGUGGAAGACACCCUAGUCCCCAGCUAGAGAGGAUGAGACCCAGGCUUCAUGCAGCCUAGAGCAAGGGCAAGUGACUGGGAGGACCGAGCUGGAGAAGGCAGCGGGGGACGGGAGCUGCUCUGUACAUAUUCGGGGUUUAUAAUUUCUCUGAAUUUAAGAGAACAGGUGUUGAUUUAUGAAAGGGACAGGGAGUUAGUAGUGUUAAACAGUGCAUGUGAGGGAAAGUUUUAUGUUUUUCAUGGUGUUGACAUUAUUUGGACUAUAUUGUGUCUGUCUUCUGGUCUCCGUGGUACCCCAUCUGGUAAGGAAGCUUCAUUGCGUAACAGGGCAUCGUUCGAGAUCAGAUUUAGAAGAAGGGAUGACCUCUGGCCUACUGUAUAGUGUGACCUUGGGAUUGACUUAAUGUCCUGAAGCAUUUCGGUGACUUCUAGGAAAAAGCCAAGACCCAUCUCGCUGGUCCCAGGUGAGUAUAUGAGGAGGUCAUGACACGGAGCCCAGAAGCACCCCAUGAAGACGCAGGUAAGAUGCACGAGCUGCUGCUGUCAAGAGGGACAGAACUACCUGCUGGACCAUGAUCCUGGCAGUUCGGCCUUUAGGAGGAGGAACACAUGUGGGGAGAGCUGGGCAGGUACUUAGGUUGCCUUAAGGGAGCAGCCCCGUGACUGUGAACGAGCACACACACAACGGGGCCAGCUACCAGGGCUGGAGUUUGGGUGGGAAGAGGGGAGAGAUCUUAGCAGCCGUCCCUACCAUCUUGUAACCAGAGCUGUAAGCCUGAGAUCCCCUCUGCUCGGAAAGCCUUAGGUUAGGGGCUUAGAGAUGAAGACACAGAUGGGGCUCUGGAGAAGGCAACGCAGCACUGAUUGUUGGGCCGGCAGCAAAAGCUUGCCUGUGUGGGGAGAGGGCUGGGGUUUAGGAUAAUUCCAUCACCCACCACGUGUGGACAGAGCUGAUGACGGGUGUGGUCUUGGGGUCCCAACGUCGGGUGUGGCCGUUGGCAGAGCACGGACGCAGUAAAGGUGGUGGGGUAACACCAGCUCCUCGCCGCGGCAUCAGUAACUCCUUUGCAUAACCAAGUAACAAUGUCCUGGUUGUUUUCAUUAUCAAAGCCAACCUACACAUCGUAGAAAUUUUGGAAAAUAAAGUAGUAGAAAGAAGUACGAUUUUAACAUGUUGGUGUUUCUCCUAGUCUCUCCCCGCCCCCCGCCCCCCAUGGUUUCUCUGCUUUUUGUUUUAACAUAGUUGUGAUACUACCUACUGUAAUGAUACGAUAUCGUGUAUUUUCAUUUACGUCACGGGCAUUUCCCCGUGUUAUUUCUAAUUUUAUGUUGAAAGGCCGUGUGCUCCUCCGUCAAGCAGUGCCAAUGGUUGAUCACCAAUGCUCUUACUAAUUUUUCACCAUUAGAAAUUGAUGAAUAUCUUUGUGCAUAAAGUUUUCCCCAAUGUCAAGUUAUUUCCUUAGGGUAGAUUCUCAGAGGUGGGGUUUAUUGAGUUAAAGAAUAUGAAAACUUGUGAGGCCAUGAUUACACACUGACAGGUGGUCUCCAGAAAUGUUUGUACCCACUUACACUGCCACCAGCAAAGAUAAACGUGCUCAUUUUACCAUCUUGCCAGUACUGAGUAUUCUCAUCUGGCCGAAUACUUGCUAAUCUGAUCAUGAAAAAAACAGCAUUGUAUUUUAGUUUGCAUUCUGUCGAUUUCUAGCGAAGUAGAGCAUCUCUUCGUGUCAAGCAGUUGUAUUUCUUUUGUGUAUUGUUGGUGUCCUCUGCUCUUAUCUACUGGGGGUCUGAUAAAUUUGUAUGAGCUCGUUAUAUAUUAAAUAUAUUAACCUGCUGUGCGUCAUACUCGUUGCACACGUUUCCACCUUUUUACUUUGUUGUGUGUUUUACUGAAGUUUUAACUUGAUACGUAGCUGAUCCGUUCCCUCACUUGGCCCUGUGCCCACCAGACUCUUAAGGCAGGCACACAUAUACGGCUGUACCACUGCGCUGGCAGCAAUGGCUGACGCAUAGUAGGUACCCCACAAACGUUUGUGAGACUGGCGUGGAUGGAUGUGCUGGGCAUCCAUGGUGCGUCACACACACCACCCCCACCCCCAGAGUGCUUGUGAACCAAGAACAGUUCACAGACCUUUUGGUCCCAGAAUCCCUUUGCACCAUUAAAAUCCUUUAGGACCCCGAAGAGCUUCUGCUAAUGUAGAUUUUGCUUAUCAAUAUUUACCAUGUUACAAAUUAAAAUGGAGAAUGUUUCAAAAUACUAUUUUGAAAAUAAAGUCAUUACCUGACAACACGAAUAGCAUAUUUUAAAGAAAACUAUUUUCUAAAAAAAUUCAGUGAGAAGAGUGGCAUUCUUUCAUCAUUUUGCAAAUUUCUUUAAUGUCUGACUUAAUAUCAAUAGAAGACAGCUGGGACCUCAGACCUGCCCCUGUACUUCAUCUUUUGCAAGAUCACACAUCACGUAGCCUCUGAAAAAUUCCACCGUACACUCAGGAGACAGCAAGAGUGGAAAACACACAGGAUAUUUCAGUAGUAUUACGGAAACAGGAAUGCCUUCCAGAACCGGAAAGGGUCCUGCCCACUUUGAGAUCCCCUGGUCUGAGAAGAGACAAGAGUAGUCCUUGCUGCAAACACCUCCAUCUGUCCUUUGUGGUUUCCUUCACUGCUUUAAACUGAAGGUCUUUGUUUCCCUCUAGCAUUAAUAAAGGCACUUCUGGAAUUAGUUUGGCUUGUAGUGUGAGGUGAGGCUCCAGCUUGACUUUUCCCCAGUUUUUUCUUUAUAAAUUUAUUUUAUUUAUUUUUGGCGCAGUGGGUCUUCGUUGCUGCACGUGGGCUUUCUCUAGUUGCGGUGAGCGGGGGCUACUCUUUGUUGCGGUGUGCGGGCUUCUCACUGCAGUGGCUUCUCUUGUGGAACACGGGCUCUGGGGCACGUGGGCUUCAGUAGUUGUGGCUCGUGGGCUCAGUAGUUGUGGCGCACGGGUUUAGUUGCUCCGCGGCAUGUGGGAUCUUCCCGGACCAGGGCUCGAACCCUUGUCCCCUGGAUUGGCAGGCGGGUUCUUAACCACUGCGCCACCAGGGAAGCCUUCCCCAGUGUUUAAACCCGAGAUCACCUACUGACUUCUUUCUCCCCCUCAUCCAUGUGUUUCCUCCAGCACAUCUGAAAAUCUUAUCUUCUGUGGCGCCGACUUUCCCAAUAUCUAGUGAUCCAUCUAUCUCCCCCAGAACUUCCCUUUUAAAAAUGAUUUCGGGUUUAUAUUUUGUAUUCCUAAUAGGGGGUCUUCCCCUUCAGGUUUUCUUAGCUGUUCUCACCAGGUGAACAUAAAAAUUAAUUCUAAAUUUCGCCCCGAAUCCCAGCGCAGACGCAGGGCUGGCAAACUGUGCGCAGGCCAGAGCCCUGGAGGGGGAGGUGGCCGCUGCUUCGUGCCCACGGAAGGCCUUGCCCCUGGGGUUUCAACCAACGUUCCUCUACGACUGGUGGCUGGUUUGCGAUCAGGGGUGAAAAUCUGUGUCCCAACUGGCUAGCCUGCUGCCUAGUCAGGGUCUUCUGCUUGGAAAAGUCUAGAGUGCACACGAUGCCCUGCUGGCUGGCCCCGGACGGCUGGUCCUAAGAGGUUUACAAGGGCCUCGCUGUGUCUUUCAAAAGUUCUUCCCUGGGUUCCGGAACAUCUGGAUGUAGCUGGGGAGUCUUCUGGAUUCCAAACGGUAUUGCGUCCCCAGAAACCUGCUGGUCACACUUCAAGCACCACAUUUGAAAGCAGUAGAAACUGCUGACUCUCAGAUCGUAUCUGAGCAAUUCCAAAGACAGGAGUCUCAUGUGAUCUGCCCGUGAGCUUCCAAUGGCCACCAGGCUCUGGGCAUCUGCUAAAGCCUCUUCCUGUCAAGAAAAGUUAAUUUCUAGGCAUACGCUGUAGCGGGGUAUCGAGCUGGGCUUUUCCUGUCGUAGCCGAGACCCACAUACGAGAAUGAAAGCCUGUACUCGGAACUUUGACAGCUGCUAACGGUCCGUCAGUCCCCGCACUUGAAGGGAUGUCUUAGCACUGUCAGUCUACCAGCACCGAACGGUUACAUAGGCUGGCUGGUUCUUUACCAAACCUGUUUUCUCCUCUUUCUGGGCAAAAAGCUAGACUACAUUCCCCAGCCUCCUUUCCAACCUGGUGGGGCUCAAUGAUGGGAUUCUAACCAGUGGAAUGCGGGCAAGAGGGAUGCUCCCUGUUCUCUCCCCUUCAACCAUUUGAUCCACGCUGAUAGCCAAGGUGACCUUGGAAAACACAGAGUGAAGAUGGCAGAUCCAUACAACAGAGACCCCAAGCCACAGUCUGUGGGAGAGCUGCCAGGAUCCCCAUGGGCCUGGGGCAGCUCCCAGCGGUGAGCAGGUGGGAGCAGGGAAUGGGGGGAAGGGGGGUGUGGCGGUGGCCCCAGGAGGAGUGAGCGCCCGCGGUUGCUACAGCCUUUCCAGGAACCCUGUGUCCUCUUUCUCGAGUGGCCCUGACACGAGCACCAAUGUGGCCCGGCGAGGGAAAAGCAAAGUCCAGUUAAGAGAAGGCCUCUUAGCCCCUCCAAAGCCACCAGGGUCACAAAGAGCUCCGGCCAACCCUGGGGAGAGGGGAUGAGACACGCCCCAAAUUGUUGGAGCCAAACAUUCUUCAGAAGCAAACAGGGCUUAGUCUUAACAAGAGACUGUUCUACACACAAAAAUGACAAGAAAACCUUUUCAUGUGGCCAAGAUAUCGUUAAGGGACCUCCUACCUAGUGGGAAGGGGUUUGACAGAUCCCACUGGAUUGGGGUCUGGAAGAAAUCAAAGUUUUUCUAUUUCUAUUCCGAACGAGUUGAGAUGCUUCAAUAAACCAGUUACACUUCAUUCACUUAAAUGAUGAACCCGUCCACAAAGCUAUGACAUAACAGAACAGGAAAAGCAGAGACAGCUCUGGUAGUCUCGGCCUUAAAGGAGCCAUAGGGCAUAAAAAGCAGUGCGUCAGAGCGAUGCUGCUCUUAGCACGCCGACUGCCCAGAGGGGUUUAGAAGAACCUUUGGAAUCUGAAUGAGAAAAGGACCGCAGUAACCCACAGCUGUGCACCUGCUGUCUGCCAGACAUGGUUCUAGAAACCGAAGAUGUAAGGGUGAACAAGACAGAGACUUUGCCCCUGUGGAGUCCUCCUUCUUCCAGGAGAAGAGAAUGAUAAACUCACGUGUAUCUCAUAGAAGGGAGGAGCGUGGAUGGGGUCCAAGAAGAUCUCUCCAAGGGCUUGAUACGGAGUAAAGCCCUCAAGGAAAUGAGUGAAGUGGGCUCAGACUCAAGCCUGACUGUGGUCCCAAAGAGGAAAAGUUAUUCAAAUAUGUGUUUAGUCUUAAAAUCUAUAGUGCCUUAGACUCAAGAAAGUAUUUUUUUUUUCAGAUUUGAGAUGACACUGAAUAUAUAAUUUUCUGUUCUCCGUAAAACUGACUUAAUAGGAUACACAGUUUAUCAUGUUGUUAAAAAGUUUAUUUGAAAAUAAGCUAACGAUUUCAUAAUAUUUCCUUACAUGGAGGUAUAUAUAUAACUUGCGUAGCUGUUCUUCCCCGGGCUGGCUUCAUUUUUUAACAAUCAGGAUAUAAUUUACACCCAGUGAAGUGAGCCGAACUGAAGUGCAUACUUCAACGUGCUUUGACAAAUGUAUGCACCCGUGUCACAUACCCCAAAUCAAGACGUAGAACGUUCCCAUCGCUCCAAAAAUUUCCCUUGUGGCUUCAACCUCUCCCCACCGCUGCUAGGCAACCGCUGUUUUAAUGUCUAUGCCCAUAGAUUAGCUUCUGGAACUUCAUAUCGAUGGAUUCAUGAAGUGGGCACCCCUUUGUAUUUAAGCUUCUUUUGCUACUAUGAUGUUUUGAGAUCCAUCCGUGUUGGUGUAUGUUGGUGUAUGUUCAUUUCUUAUUAUUGCUGAUUAAAGGUCCACUUCAUUCUGUAGACAGACCGUAGCUGUUUUGCCAUUCAUCUGUUAAUGGAUAUCUAGGCUACUUCCAGGUUGAGCAAACACAAAUAAAGUUGCUAUGGACGUCCCUAGAAAAGUCUCUUUGUGCACAUAUGUUUGCAUUUCUCUUGGGUAAAUACAAGGAGCGGAAUUGCUGGGCCAUAGGUAAACUGUGUAACCUUAUAAGAAACGGCCAAACUGCCUUCCAAGGUGGAUGCGCCAUUUGACGUUCGUGGUUGUGUGUGUAAGUUCACGUUGGUCCAGCUUCCUCUCUUCCCUUGCUGUUGUCAGUCAUUUUCAUUUCAGCCGUUCUGGUGGGCGGGUAGCAGUAUCCCAUGAUGGUUUUACUUUACGUUUCUCUGAUUUCUAAUGAUUCUGAGCCUUUUUUUUUUUUUUUUGCUAACCAUUAAUAUAUCUUGUCUCCCCCCAGCCCCGAUGUUUUAUGAAAAAUAUCAAACACACAUAAAAGUUGAAAAAAACUGUAUCAUAAACAUCCAUACAUCCACCAGCUACAUUCUACAAUGAGCAUUUUGCUAAAUUUGCUUUAUUGCAUAAGCAUCCAUCCUUCCAUCCAUCCUCAAUAUGUCUUACUUUUAAUGCACAGGGCAGUAAGUGAAAGAUAUCAGUCGACUUUACCUCUAAGCACUUAGCAUGCAUACCGCUAACUAGACUUCCACAUUUGUUUACAGUGCUUUUUUUAAUUGGCAGAAGGGGGAUGAAUUCACGUACAGUGGAACCAUCUGGGGAGUUUUGAAAAAAGCAUCCACCACUGUCACGCAAACCCCUCUCAAGAUACAGAACAUCACCACACAGAAAAUUCCCUGGUACUUCUCCCAGUCCUAAAUACUUUGGUCAAUCCCCAAGACACAAAAAUAUUCUGUAAUUCCUUCUAAAAAAUUAAAAUUUAAACUUCUGAAAAGAUUUUAUUGAAAUAUAGUUGAUUUACAAUGUUGUGUUAGUUUCAGAUAUACAGCAAGGUGAUUCAGUUAUACAUAUAUGAAUAGCUAUUCUUUUUUAGAUUCUUCCAGUAUUAACUUUUACAUGUAGGUUUCUGAUUCAUCUCAAAAAAGUAUUUUGUGGAUGAUAUGAGAUGGGGUUGAAAUUUGUUUUUUUCCCAUAUGGACAUUCCAUUGCUUUAGAAUAACUUGUUGAAAGAUGCUCUGUUUCUCCAUUGGGUCGCUUUGGUGACUUUGUUUAAAUCAAACGACCUAAUAGAGUUGGUCUACUUCUGGACUCCUUCUGUUUCAAAAAUCUAUUUGUCUAUUUCCGUGCCAGCACCAUGCCGUCUUGAUUACUGUGACUUUGUAGUAAGCUUUGAACUCAGGAUGUGUAAAUGCUGCAAUGAUGUGCUUCCUUUUCAAGAUUGCUAUGGGUACCGUACAUCUGUGCUCUCCAGUUAGUAAGUUGCUAGACACAUGUGGCUGUUUAAAUUUAUUAAAAUUAAGUAAAAUGAAAGAUUUAGUUCCUUGAAUAUAAUAACCAUAUUUUAAGUGCUCACUAGAGCAUUUCUACUCUCAUAGUUCUAUGUUAGGUUCUUUGCAAUUCCAUAUAAAUUUUAUAAUCAUUUCAUCAAUUUCUAUUAAGGAAGCCUGCUGGGACUCUGAUUGGGAAGGAAUUGAAUCUACAGACUAAAGUGGUUGGAACCUGACAUUUUAAUAAUGUUGAGUCUUCCAAUACAUGAAUAUGGUUUAUUGCUCACUUUGUUUAGAAUUUCUUUAAUUCUUCUCAGCAGUUUUGUAGUUAAUGGCCUAUCACAUCUUUUGUGAAUGUAUUCCUAAGGGUUUUAUGAUUCUAGAUGCUAUUUUAAAUGGAAUUUUUUAAACAAUUCAUUUUGCAAUUGUUUCUUGCUAAGGUAUAAAACCCAAACUAAUUUUUA